UUUGUGAGCAACGCACACUUUGUUUUGCUAAGGAAACAUGGCGCAGUGAGUUGAAAAAGUGAAAUGACUUUCGCUUCUUUACCCAAGGCCGCAAUAGAUAUUCUUCCAUGCUCUACUUUCGUUAGCCAACUAGAAGAAUCAUUUGUAGAACAAGUAUACGCUGAUAUUUGCGCAUACGCGCAUACCACACCGUCAUCCGGUCAAGAAGCUGUGUUUAUUUUUCCGUCAGUUUCUCCUAGAUUGCGGUUUUUAAUUCACAAGAUUGUUGAGACAAACUUCAGCAACAGUUUGAAGACUUUUUCUGUUGGAAAAGCUGACCGAAGGACUGUUGUAUGUCCUAAAGUAAUCUUCAGGAUGGAUUCUGCUCAAGAAAAAACACCUGGAAAUGACAGUUGUCAACAGCAACAGUCACCAGAUAACAAACAGCCAAGAAAGCAGAGAAUUGUCAAUGAAAGAGCCAUUUAUCGUCCCCCACCAGCUAGAAGUACUGGUGUGCUGCAAGAAACUGCAAAGCAAAAUGUUGAUCCAGCUCCCUUGUCUGCUCAGUCUCCAAACAAUAACAUGAAAAAACCAUCUCAAGCAAUUUAUGUGCCCCCACCACGUAAAUCUUCCAUGCAGAACCAUGGUCUCAGUGAUGACAUUCAGGAAUGUGGAAAGAUGAAGGCCAAAAUUGAGUCAGGGACCAAAGUUAUUUCACCCAUUAGAAAAAAAUCAACACGUGUGGAAAUGCGUCUUGCUGUGGAAGAAGAAACUAAUCAAACUCCUAUCUUCAAAAAAGAAGAGACCAGUCCAAUUCAGGCUCCUCCGCAAGUCCACCGAAAAAUAUCACGUGUAAGUUCUGUUCCCUUCAUCCAAGUUCCAGAGCAACCAGUAGUGGAUGUCGGAGAUCUGAUGGAGAGCUGCGAAUUGGCUGAGUUGUCCAAUCACGUCCCUCUGGAAAACCUAGCGUCACCUAAAGAGCUGCAAAGAAACGUGAGUUCUGAAGAAGACUCGUGGGAUAAACUCUAUAAUGAAACUGGUGACCUGCUGAGGCCCGAUGCUCUAGACGAGUUAUCGCUUGCUGUUGGAUCUGUGCGAAUUAUUCAGCCAUCCAAUGAAAUAUACUCGCAAGUAGCUCAUGAGAACCAUGACGAAGAUCUUAAUCACGUAAUUGAGCUGUAUGAUUUCCCUUCAGCAUUCAAGACUGAGGAUCUGUUUACAGCUUUGAACAUAACUGGGAAACCACCAGACUUUUCCAUUAAAUGGGUUGAUGAUACACAUGCUUUAGCCAUUUAUGGCAGCGCUUACGCAGCCGUCGAUGCUUUGGCUGUUCCUCAAAGUGUUAUUAAAAUGCGGCCCCUUGCCCAAGCGACCAAAGAAUCACGAAACUGUGCAAGGCGAAUCUCGACAGCCCUUCAACCGUUUAAACCUCGGCCGGUAACAUCAGCUAGCAUGGCAAAACGUUUGGUCAGCACUGCGCUGGGAAUCAGAAACACCGUCAGCGCCGAGCAAAGAAAAGUUGAACGUCAAAUGCUCGCAGAUGCUAAAGCCAAAAAACGAUUAGCAGCCCAGCAGAAAGAAGCGGCCUGGGAGGGAACAAUGUCAACAACGCCUUGAAAUUAAAUCGUAGUGUUAAAAUGAUAUAUAUUUAUAAUGAUAGAAAGUUUUAUGAGUGCAGAGAUUAUCUUCAAAGGUAUUCUGUGUUCAUUUUUUUUUCAGAGUGUGAUUACAAAAUACACAAGUUUUUAAGUA